GUAGACACAAGAGCGCCCAGUGGUUAAUUCGGAAUCCAAAAGCGGAACAUUUUCAGGAGUCCUAGCUUAAAUUAGUCAACAUGACUUUUGAUUCAAGUCCACCGCAGAAGUUGAGUGUGUUUAGUGCGCGGUACCGAUGGCAAUUUAUUGCCACCGUCACGGUGCAUAUUAUGACGCUGACCCAUGGAAUUGCCGUGGGAUGGCUGUCUCCCUCUCUCCGACUGCUCGGAUCCGAUGAAAGCCCCCUGGGAGUUCCCCUGACCAUUACCCAGGCGUCCUGGGUUGGAUCACUUAUCGGCCUAGGCUCGCUGACCGGCAAUAUAAUCUUCGGACUGCUAAUCGAUCGGUUGGGUCGCAAAGUGUGCAUGUAUUUUCUGGCCUUGCCCAAUUUGAUCUAUUGGAUCCUUAUUUACUCCGCCCAAGACGUUACGUACCUGUAUGCUGGUCGAUUCCUGGCGGGAAUGUCCGGAGGUGGUUGCUACGUCGUCCUGCCCAUAUUCAUAGCCGAAAUUGCCGACACUAGCGUUCGGGGAGCGUUAUCGUCCAUGGCCAUGAUGUACGUUAGCAUCGGCAUGAUGGUUGGCUUUAUAUUGGCCUCGUAUCUCUCGUACAAUCUGAUGCCGUGUAUCAUAGUUGCCCUGCCGGUGGUGUUUAUACUGGCGAUUAUUGGCUUAUCGGAGACACCGCAAUAUUUGUUGAGACGCGGCCGCGAUGACCAGGCCGAGAAGUCUUUCUACUUCUACAAGAAUCUGACGCCACCCACUUCCUCCGACAAGGAAGCUUCUAAGCAUGACGCGGCCAAAAUCGAGUUUGACACAUUUCGGCUUCAGGUGCUCAGCGGCGGCGUCACCGAGAGCAUUUCUUGGCGAGAUUUCAUAAACGUGCCUACACUAAAGACAUUCGGCCUGAUCUUUGUGCUGAUCGUCUGCAAUCAGCUGUCGGGGAGCUUCGCCAUAUUAAACUACACAUCGCACAUUUUCGCGGAGCUGGGCAACAAUCUGGAUCCGAACACCAGCACCAUUGUGGUUGGAGCUGCUCAGCUGGUGGGAAUCUUCAGUGCCGUGGUUCUGGUGGACAGACUGGGUCGUCGUGUUCUGCUCCUCACCUCGAUGGGUGGAAUGGGGUUGGGUGAGCUGUCCAUUGCUCUACUAAAGUGCUUCGCCUCGGAGGAAUUUCUGAAUCAGAAUGGAUGGCUUCCUUUGGUGAUCAUGUGCCUUGUGGCCUGCAUUGCUUCACUAGGAGUUAUUGCACUGAUCUUCACCAUCAUAAUUGAGCUGCUCCCAGCUAAGAUCCGCUCCAUUGGCACCUCCUUGAGCAUGGCCACAUUUAGUGGAUUUAUCUUUGUGGCACUGAAGAUCUACCCCACAAUGAUCUACGACCAGGGCCUGGCGGCCACCAUGUUCAUGUCGGCGGGCAUAUGCCUCUUCGGAUUCAUUGUCUUGGGACUGUUUCUGCCGGAGACCAAAGGAAAGCUGUUGACGCACUGAUGACAUCAACCUCGGGCCCAGCGGCCACGUCAGUUGGAUGCUUUUGUUGGCGGUGUGGCCCAUUGCAUAAGCUGCGGGAUCCAGCUUGGUCCCAUGUCAAGAGUACUCACUCAAUAAUUUGUGGCACAAUGGCGGCAUCGGCUUAUUCUGAACUCUUGAACUUAAUUCAAUUUGUGGGCAUUGCGGUUUUCUUUCAGAUUUCUGUUCAUAGAAAUUAAAUUUAAUAAUUUAGUUGGGAGAAAGUCUCGGGUCUGUGAUCUUGUGAUUGAUAAGCGCAAAGUUGUUAAAUAAAUAGGCUUCAGCUAUGGCAAAAUAUAAUUUGCAUUAGAUUUAAAAACUAUCUUAU